AUGAAAUCUCAUGCAUUUGUACGAGAGAAUACACCACGUGCUAUACUUUAUGGUCAGAUUUAUUCACAAAAAGAUAAAACUGAAAACAUAACAGAAAAUAAAUCAAAUUCUAUUCCUAAUUCUCCAUGUCCAGAAUUCUCUAAAUAUAUUUAUUUUAUUUUUGUACCAACACUUAUCUAUCGUGAUUCGUAUCCUCGAACAUCAUCUGUACGAUGGAACUAUGUUUUAGCACAAUUAGCACAAUUUGUUGCAGCAGCAUUCUUUGGUUAUUAUUUAUUUUAUCGAUUUUGUUUACCAGUAUUUCGUCAUUUUAAAUUGGAAUAUGUUACUGUCAAGAUAUUUGUUCUCUCAAUUCUUAAUUGUGCUUUACCAGGAGCUCUUUUCUUAUUUUGUGCUUUCUAUGGUUUUCUUCAUUGUUGGCUUAAUGCAUUUGCUGUAGUGAACUGCAUCGGAGUCAUUUCGGAGUCGUCAUCGGUGUUAAAUAAAUUUCUUGCCGAGAAUUCAUUUUUAACAUUAGAAAGUUUUUGA